GCCGAGGGCCGCCGGGUGAGAGGGCGGCUGCUGGAGCGCGGGGCGAGGACCGCCGCGGAGCACCCGGCUCGGGCCGCCGCGGGCGCGCGUCACCAUGCUGCUCCCGCAGCUCUGCUGGCUGCCCCUGCUCGCCGGGCUGCUGCCGCCCGCGCCCGCGCAGAAGUUCUCGGCGCUCACGUUUUUGCGAGUUGACCAAGACAAAGACAAGGACUGCAGCCUGGAUUGUGGGGGCUCCUCUCAGAAGCCCCUCUGCGCGUCCGACGGCAGGACCUUCUUGUCUCGCUGUGAGUUCCAGCGUGCCAAAUGCAAGGACCCUCAGCUAGAGAUUGCUUAUCGAGGAAAUUGCAGAGACGUAUCCAGGUGUGUGGCCGAGAGGAAGUACACGCAGGAGCAGGCCCGGAAGGAGCUACAGCAGGUGUUCAUCCCAGAAUGCAACGACGACGGCACCUACAGCCAGGUGCAGUGUCACAGCUACACCGGAUACUGUUGGUGCGUCACACCCAACGGGAGGCCAGUCAGCGGCACAGCCGUGGCCCACAAGACGCCCCGGUGCCCUGGUUCCAUAAAUGAAAAGCUACCCCAACGAGAAGGCACAGGAAAAACAGAUGAUGCGUCAGCUCCAGCGCUGGAGACCCAACCUCAAGGAGAUGAAGAAGAUAUUGCAUCACGUUACCCCACGCUUUGGACCGAACAAGUUAAAAGUCGGCAGAACAAAACCAAUAAGAAUUCAGUGUCCUCGUGUGACCAGGAGCAGCAGUCAGCCCUGGAAGAGGCCAGGCAGCCCAAGAAUGAUAACGUGGUGAUCCCCGAGUGUGCCCAUGGAGGCCUCUACAAACCGGUGCAGUGCCACCCCUCCACUGGCUACUGCUGGUGCGUCCUGGUGGACACUGGACGUCCCAUCCCUGGCACGUCCACCAGGUACGAACAGCCGAAAUGUGACAACACAGCCAGGGCUCACCCAACCAAAACCAGGGAUCUGUACAAGGGCCGCCAGCUCCAAGGUUGUCCUGGUGCCAAAAAGAAUGAAUUUCUGACAAGCAUCUUGGACGCGCUCUCUACCGACAUGGUGCACGCAGUCUCCGACCCCUCUUCCUCUGGCAGGCUCUCAGAACCCGACCCCAGCCACACCCUCGAGGAGAGGGUGGUCCACUGGUACUUCAAGCUACUCGAUAAGAACUCCAGCGGGGACAUUGGCAAAAAGGAGAUUAAGCCCUUCAAGAGAUUCCUUCGGAAAAAAUCAAAGCCCAAAAAGUGCGUGAAGAAGUUUGUCGAAUACUGUGACGUGAAUAACGACAAAUCCAUCUCCGUGCAAGAGCUGAUGGGCUGCCUCGGGGUGACGAAAGAAGAAGCCCCUAGAGCUAAUGCUGAAAGCGCCUCUAAUAGACAGCCAAGGAAGCAAGGAUAGUGGCUCACACAUCCCAGGCGGUUCCUAGACAUGUGGGAGACUCCCUCACCAAAAAGCAAUUAAAAACAAAAACAAACACAUAGUAUUUGCACUUUGUACUUUAAAUGUAAAUUCACUUUGUAGAAAUGAGAUAUUUAAACAGACUGCUUUAAUCUGUGAAAUGGAAGGGCUGGUUUCAGAAAACUAAUCACAUACAAUGUAUGUGUCCUCUUUUGACCUUGGAAAUCUGUACUUGGUGGAGAUGUAUUUUGAAUGGCUUUGAGCUUAAUUUCUUUAUCCUACACAUGUUGACAUAGUAGAAAUCUUAGCCUCAGGCACGCGGUCCCCGCCCUGUGCCUUCCUCCCCGCCCCGGGCACUCACUCCUAGUCAAGCCACGUUCGCUUCCUUUGAGAUCGGCUGUGCCCACAGCAUUUUUGAAUCUACGCCGGAAGCUUCCCUAGAAGUUUGCAACCUGCUGCUGUCCUCAUCAUACAGCUAACAAGUGCAUGGGUUUGUUUGCUUCUUGGAAUUUUGUGUUAGUUUGUUUAGUUUUGCUGUGCAGAGAUCCCGUUCAUGCGAUGAGUCACGCAACCACUAAAGCAAUCUGAUCAUUCCAGGUAGCGCCCUGGUAGAAAAGACCAUUUUUUCAACCUCUCUUUGGUGUGCUGCUUUUCCUUUUAAGCUUCUGUUUGAGCUUUGCCUGAGGCUUGGAUUAAUCACGCAGUAAAUACUAGAGGAUUGCCCCUGCUGUCCAGAAGCAGCGUAAACAGGCCCAUCGUUCAGAGAAGUAGAUUUAGUCAGAGCGUGACCCCGCCAGCGCUUGUCUGCCCUGCGUCUUCUCUUACACGUGUCCACUAGCCAUCCCACCCUGGGCCACUCUGGGGCCUAUUGCAACGUUAAAUCACCACCUGAACAAAUUUGGGGUGUGCUCCUUAGAGAAGGCUCAGCCAGCACAAAUCAGCCAUGUGCUAGAUGCUGAACAAGUGCCUGCAGGUCCCCAGCUUCCUUCUUUCCUGGUGGCCUCAGGAAAUUCACCCGAGUGGCACUUGAGAGAGCAGGGUCAGGAGCUGAAUGUCCACAGCGUGAGCAGCAGGACCAGCCCGCAGCUACAACCAGCGGCCCCCAGCAAGCGUCCCCUGGCUCGAUGGAGCCAUUUGGAGGACGGUCCGAGGGCUGUGUGGGCCAAGUUGCGAUGCUAUUUCAGCUCCAACUUUUGGUUGGAAAAACAAUCUUCACGGCCCCAAAUCCCCCAACACACGUCAUGUAAAAUGAUCUCUGUGCGUCUGCAUGAAGAUAUUUUAUGAGGCUUCUUACUUAUUUAAACUGUACGGAAGUAAAACCCGAAACUUGGGAGCCACAGAACCAGCUUAAGUGUGUGUCAUCAUUGUUUAAGAAACAGUUAAGAUCCUAAAUUUAUUGGAUAACCCUUUAUAUUUCUGAACUUCGAAUUUAAUCAUUUUUUUUCUUAGAUUCAAAUAAAAUAUGCUAUCAAAA